AUUAUAUGCGAUAUAAAAUCUUUCAAUUGAGAAAUAUUAAAUAUUUCAGGUACAUAACAUAAUUUACUUUAUAACGCAUAAAGCACAGUGGAAUUCAAAACGGCGAAUAUUCAUGAACCUUGAGUACGCUUUUCAAAUAUUUAAAUGGAGUAUCAUGUUUCAGUGGUGUAUUCAGCCCAUUGCAAGCGGCUAAAUACCAGUGUCGAAAUAGUGUAAGGUGGAUAGGAUUGACAAUGGUUGGGAUUUUUUCUUCCUGUUUGAGAAAUAUUAAUAUAAUAUGACAGUCGUGAAUGCGGAUUGUUAUGAAAAAGACUAAGGUAUUCGCGUGGUGCGGAAAAAAAACAUCCUUCAAAGCGUUGGAAAUACCGGAAAACGUUGUGGAGAAAAGCGUUUCGAGAACACUACCAAGGCAGAAUGAUAUUUCAGGUUUUGGCUAUUCUGUGCGGUGUACGAUUAUGUAUGGCAGCUACGGCAAUUAUAGACCACCAGCCGGUGGAUUGCACCCCUGUCUGUGUUUGCUGUAAGGGAGGGGCGGCAAAUUGCUCCUAUCAUUUUACUUAUGGCGAUGAUUAUUGUCAUGACGGUUGUGUUGAUACAAUUUAUGGAAAUAAAUGUCACAACCCAUGUCCUGGUAACUGCUAUAAAUGCUCCCAAAAAACUGGCGAAACAUGUCAAACCUGCAGGGCUGCAUUUUAUGAUAAAGACAAUUUGUGUAACAAGAACUGUUCAGUCGGAUGUGAUGGUGGAUCAUGUAAAAAUGAUGGAGCAUGCAGUCCAUGUAAAGCAAAUUUUUAUGGAAAUAAAUGCGACACAUGCAAGCAAGGAUUUACUGGAUCAUCUUGCAAGACAUGUAUAACUGGAUAUUUUGGAGACGAAUGCACGAAAUGCCCUGUCGAAUGUUAUAAUGGCAAUUGUAUGAAUAAUGGAACCUGCUAUCAAUGCAUUGAUAAAUAUUACGGGGCAUACUGCAAUUUGAAUUGUUCUAUAGGUUGCAGUGGUGGAACUUGCACUCAAAACGGUUCAUGUAACUGCACAGUCAAUUUUACUGGUACAAAAUGUGAAACCUGUAUAAAAGGGAGAUAUGGAAACGAAUGUGAGCAUGAGUGUAGUGUGGGUUGUUCAACGUCAACAUGUGACAAAAACAACGGCUUCUGUAGUUGCCGAACUCAUUUUACCGGCAUUACUUGUGAACAAUGCGAAGUCAGCUAUUACGGACAAUCAUGCGAUUUACAUUGCUCGGAAAAGUGCCUGGCACGGACAUGCUCGAGAAAGUAUGGGAAUUGCACAGAUGGUUGCGUAGAUGGAUAUUCGGGUAACAAUUGUACGACAUAUUGUGAUUCGAAAUGCGCGGCAUGUGAACAGUCUGAUAGAUCAAUCUGCACAUCGUGUUUAAAUGCAUAUACUGGACCUUCAUGCAUUUGCCCUCCGAACUGUAUCUGUAGCGAAAACAGUGAAGAAUGUGGACGUUGUUCAAGUCAAUGGUUACGUCCUCAAUACCAAUGCAAAUGUCAUACGAAGCAUUGCCAGGAUAAUGAUUGCAACGCGUGUCUGAACAAUACAUUCUUUGUUGAUAGCAGCGUGUCCGCAUGUUGUGAGUGCCCUCCAAACUGUAGAGGUGGUUCCUGCAUAACAGGACCCAUAUGCCCAGACGGGUGUGAGGAUGGAUUUUAUGGAAUGAACUGUUCUCUAAGAUGUUCAACAUUGAAUUUUGAAUGCGCUAAAUGUAACCAGAUUGGUGGGAUAUGUCUGAAAUGCAACAAUAGGUUUUAUCCACAUGCAAAUGGAAGUUGCAUUAGUUGCAAUAGCAACUGUAGAAAUAUGCAGUGUCAUCAAGAGACUGGAAUCUGUGAUGCAUGUUUUAAUAACACUUUUUAUGGUUCGUAUUGUAACGAAUCAUGCAGCUCCUCAUGCUCUGAAAGCAAGUGUGAUCAAAACAGUCAUUGUCUGUUUGGUUGCAAAGGCAAUUUCUUCGGGGAUCAGUGUCAAACAAUCUGCCCUCAUAAUUGUCAGAAAAGUGGUACAGAAACCAUAUGUAAAGGCGAUGGAAACUGCAAAUUUGGCUGCGUCGAUGGCUACGAAGGCGAUGACUGCACAGUUAAACAAGAGAAAGUAACAGCUGGACCACCAGUAGGAGCUAUUGCUGGAGGUGUUGGUGGUGGAAUUGUAGUCAUCAUUGCAGUGGCUGCUGCAUUAGUCUUCUUUCGACGAAGAUCCACUCGCCUUCCUGCCUCGCGCCAAACCAAGAGAAAUGGUAAUAAAACGUUCCAAGCUAACAUUACCGACGAAAAUAAUAAAGAAACACAAGAUCGGACAUACUAUAAUGAGGGGCAGGUCAAAGGAGAAUCAACAAAACCAAUUCCAACGAUUUCCCGGCCACCAGCAAACAAACCCAAUGCUGCCAAGCAGCAAUUAUCUACACAUGAGGAAACUGCAUUUGAAAGCGAGAUUGACCUGGAGAUAGAUGACAAGAGCAAUGGGGCUCUUGAGUAUUCUUCAAGAGAUGAUCAGACGUACUACAAUGAACUAGGACCAUCAACUAAUAAGUCAAAAGUACACAUUAAUCAACUCCUCAAGUAUGUGGACGGAAAGACUCAUGAUGCGUUUAGUGCAGAAUUUGAGAAAUUUUCUCUCGGUCUUGUGAAGCCAUAUGUGGAAUCGCAAAAGAGGGAGAACACGACUAAGAAUCGAUACAAAGGCAUUUAUCCAUACGAUGAUUCAAGGGUCAAGGUCACAGGCAGUGUUGGAUCAGAUUACAUAAAUGCCAGCUUUAUCGACGGAUAUAAAAAGCCAAAGCAGUACAUCGCCACCUUAGGUCCAAUGUCCCAACAACUGGACGAUUUCAGCUUGUUUUGGAAAAUGAUUUGGCAACAAAGGGUUGAGAAAAUUGUUAUGGUUACCAAUCUCAUUGAACAUGGAACCCCUAAAUGCGAGCAAUACUGGCCAAACCCUGGGGCCAGUAAGAUGUAUGGUGAAAUAAAGGUGGAGAGCCGCUCGGAGGAUGAGUAUGCUGAGUUUACAAGGCGAGCCUUAACGAUGACCAUGGGGACCGAAGAAAGGACGUUGCACCAUCUGCACUUCACGUGUUGGCCUGACAAAGCGAUACCCGACGAUGUAACCGCGAUGAUAGAGUUCCGACAGAGGGUUCAAAGUACGCCGAGUACUCUAAAUGGACCAACGGUUGUGCAUUGCAGUGCUGGUGUCGGCAGAACAGGCACAUACAUUGCUCUGGACAUCCUGACAAAAGAGGGUGAGGCGGAACGAGCCAUUGAUAUCCCGGGAUGUGUCCACAAAAUGCGCCUGAACAGGCCGAAUAUGGUUCAGACAUCGGAGCAGUAUCAGUUUCUGCACACAGCUGUGGUUUACUCGUUGACCUUCGACUGCAAGCAAAUCAAGGGAGAGAACUUCGACCAGUUCAUGAAACAAAACACUUUACAAGAACUGAAUAGUCAGUUUAAGCGACUGCAACACACUGUCGAAAAACGAACGAAAGACGAAGCAAUUGCAGUUGAGCGAAAUAAGCAGCACCUGAGUAAAAACAGAGCAAAUGCAGAUAUUCCGGGUAACGAAAACAGGCCAAGACUUUACCUGAACCUCAAACCUGGGGCGUCAGACUACAUCAAUGCUGUAUACAUUCACAGCUUCAGAAUCAAAAAACGUUACCUGGUAGCACAGACUCCACUUCCAGAGACAGUAAUCGACUUUUUGACGCUUGUUGUCCAAGAGAGCUGUUCAUGUAUCGUCAGCUUCGAAGCUGAUAUGGACAAACAAAGGAAUAUCGGCAUAUAUUACCCAGCGGCAAACCAAGAAGUUUUGAAACAGGGAACGUUUCAAGUCAGUUGCUCAAGAGAGGAAAAGAAAACGUUUUACGCAGAGCGAACAUUGACAAUUCAACACAAAGGAGUAGGGACGAGCACUGAACGAACCAUUCCACAUCUUCAAUAUACCGACUGGGAUGAAACGAACAACAUUCCAAGGUCAACUACAAACUUUCUCUCAUUUCUGAACGUGAUAGAGAAUGUCACAAAACAGUCAGGUGACGGGCCGAUCUUGGUACAUUGCUUAGAUGGUGCGGGCAAAAGCGGUCUAUUCUGUGUCGUUUCGUUGCUUCUCCACAAGAUGGCCGUGGAACACGAAGUCAGUGUGCUUAACUCUGUUAGGAAGGUCAAAACCAUGAGGAGGUUAGCGAUCCCGAACCAGGAACAAUUUAGCUUCUGUCACGGAUGUGUUUCUGAGUAUCUAAGUUCCUUUGAUGUAUACGCCAAUUUCAACGAAGAAACGGGAAGACUGUAAGGUUCGAAUUUAAAGUUUAAAAGAAACAUUCAGAGUGUAAAUAUGACAUAGUGCAAACUUAUUUUGUUAUGCUGUGUUAAGUUUUUAUUUUCAAUAUGUUUUAUAAAUUAUGAUAGAAAUCACGAACCGUAAAGCAUAAAUUUUAUUUCCAGUCACUAACACAACAUUUUCAGUAACAUUUUUUUUAUAUUCAGCUUCGUACAUACUUGUCCAUUAGUAUUGUUUUAUUUCAUGUUGCAUUCUCUAGUGAUCUAUGAACUAUUUAGAAAGCCUUUAUAAGUGUGUUGUUUAAAGCCAGUCAACAACUUGGAGAACAGAGCUUUCUUAAACUUAAUGUAAAUUCAUUUUUUGCUGAUUCUUAUCGAACUUUAAAAACUGUUGUUUUCAUUCACAUUAUCUUAUUGAUUAUAUUUUUUAUGACUGCAGUUUUUCUAAUGUCAUAGAACAUAUUGCACUUUGUCGUAUUUGCCAUCAUUUUAAGUGAUGUGAUUUAUAAAUGAAAUCGGUGUCAAUAAUUUUUUAAUGUCAUAGCUGCACAGGAGCUGUUCAACGCGUAUAAAGGGACUCAAUAAUGUUUAGGCAUAAAAUUUUGUUUUCCCGGUAUUGCAUCUGAAAACACUUGUAUUAUAACUAUUUCACUCUUUGAUACUGAACGAAAUGACACAUACACUUAUUAGAGUGUAAACAAAUGUUCUGGUGUUAAUAGAGAGCGAACCCACGCCGGUAGGGUCAAGGAACAUGCACGCACACAAGAACACAUAAGGAUAACAUUUGUUAAAGAAUUCAAGCCAUCAGUAUUUCAAAAAAUUGCAUUUUACAAAAUCAUGAGCGAUAUCCUUAAAGCUACGGGGAUGGGCUUUUUUAUUUAGGUUUGUUUACUUAAAAAUCGAUUAUUUAUCUAUUUUAUAAGUUUUUGAAGAAAAUCAUCGUUAAUGAUGUAAGGGAAACUACAAGGACAAUCAUGGUAUCAUAUCCUUCAAAGAGUUGUAUUGGUUUACAAAUUGUAUGAUAGACUGAGAAACGUUAGUGCCCUUUUUUAAAUCAAUGAAUUAAGAAAGCAUUAUGUGGACUUCCAAAUGUCCACUUUAUGUUAUCAACGUUUGAAUUUUACGUGUAUGUCAAAUAACUAUGAAAUAACGUGACGGCAUCGGGUGCCCAUACUAUUAGCAGAAAGUACCUUCAUACUAAAAAAAGCUUUAUUCAUGACAAAUACUCAGAUUAACACGCAUUGUCUAUAUUGACGCCGAUUUUACAAUAUUCUUUGGAGUUUUAUAAACUUUACGAAGAAAGCAAUACGCAAUGAGGUUGAAUGUUCUUACGUUAUGUGCACCCAUUGUGUACUUAUCUCUCUUUGUGUAGCUUUUAUUCUUAAAGUAAAUGCUGAACAUGAUGCUUUAACAAUGAAUGUGUUUAUUAUAUUAUCAGAGUCAUAUUUCAUGACGCCAAUGUCGUUGAGCAAUCUCGGCUUCUUCUGGUACUGCCAUAUGUGUAUUUGAAUUUGCUAGUUUAUAAUUAAUGCAAUCGUCAAAUUGCGUGUGUUAUUAACCAUUCAUAUUUGUAUUAUAUUGUAAAGUAUAUUCGCAAGUAGUCCCUUGAAAUAUUGUUCUAUAUGAAAAUCAUGAUUUGUUUCGUAUGUAAAAAAUCGUAUGCAUGUAUGUAUAUAAAUGUACAAGUAGGCUAUCACAAAUACAUCAUAACGAAAAAGACUCACACAACGACAAAAGUGUUUAUCACUUAUUACUAUAAAGAAACCUUAAAAUUAUCAUACACGAUUGGUUAGAUAAUUAACAAAGUAACACUUAUACAUCAUGUUAUACUAUGAACUAUAAAAUAUAAUAUUCAUCUUAAAUCAUUCAUUGUUAGAUUUGGAUAGCCCGUAACUUUCAUAUUAAGGCAAAUCAGUGUACUAAGUUUUAAACACAAUGUAGCGUGUUUAUUUAUAUGGUUGAACUAAGCUAAGCCUAAAAAUCAUCUUAGCAUGUAUAAUUUAGAUGUAGAUUAUCAGAUGUCAUUAUUAUAUAUAUUUGGUUUAUAUUCCUACAAUUUAACAAACUUAAACAUAUCUGUGGUUACUGAUGCCUUUUCUUCUAAUGUUAAAAGUAUAUAACGAUAUUCACACUACAUCUGCAAUACAAAUCGCUUGAUUCAUUUAUGUGAUGUUUUAUUUUUAUUUUCUGAAAGAACGUUCUUGUCGGUUGUUUUUCAUAUACUGAUAUUGAUAACUAUCUAUUGUAGUGAACCAUACUUCUGUUUAACAUUUUAAUCCAGACAUUCUUAAAUAUAUCCUGCAUCAGUUGGUCAGAACAGCAAAAAGGUUUCCAAAGGUUUGAGAAGACGCCACAAACAAAUAAUGAUUUAAGCAUGCAUUGUUUAAAAUCAGGAUAGUUUGAAAACAGAUUUUUGAGAUUUUUAUAGGUAUUUUUUGUACCAAAAGUAUCAUGCUGCUGCUCAUCCAUCUACUGGUCAAAAUUAUCUGAUACCAUAAGUUUUGGUAGCAAAACAAUCGAGAUAGAAUACAGUAUAAAUUUUGAAAAUAGCUUGAUGGAUUAAGUUAAGAUUUAACAAUAUAUGUUUUUAUUGUUUUCAUUGUAUAAAAGGCUUAAUCGGAUUGGUAUGAUUCGUAGUGACAAUCAAAUAUUGAUAUGCAUGUACGAAAACAUGUUGACAACAUUUAUGUUUUGGAUUCAUUGUUUAAAGUGUGUUUUAUUUCUCCGCCUACCAUGACUAAUUCAAAUAAUCAUUUGCUUUUUCUUUCUUUCAGAAACUGUUUAAAUAUGUUAUUAUUGCUAAUCAGAGAAGCUUAUAAUAAAAGUAUAACCUUU